CUGGGUUUGCGCUUGCGUGCCACCACGGCCGGCUUGAAAGAUGGCAGAAGACGCUGGAGGAUGGAGCACAAUCGAAUCUGAUGAGGGAGUAUUCACCUCAUUGAUCGAAGAUCUCGGUGUGAAAAAUGUGCAAUUCGAAGAGCUCAUUUCUCUUGAUGCGAAUACUAUACGGUCCUUGAGUCCGGUAUACGGUGUCAUAUUCCUCUUUAAGUGGAUAAGUGGGCAAACACGCAGCUCCGACUCCCCACAAGACGGCACCUAUGACCCCUCCGCCACAGAAAACGGCCUCUUCUUCGCUGCCCAAACCAUACAAAACGCCUGCGGAACCCAAGCCAUUCUCUCCGUGAUCCUAAACCAAGAUAACCCCUCGCUUUCCGACCCGACAGCUCCGGGGAUAGACAUUGGCCCUAGCCUCCGCGACUUCAAGGAGUUCACGACCGGCUUCCCACCGGACCUUCGUGGCGAAGCUCUAAGUAACUCCGCCGAAAUUCGCAACGCGCACAACACAUUCGCGAGGGCAUCGCCAUUCGUCGACGAAACCUCGCGACCCCCUGUUCCUGAAGAAGAAAGCGAAUUGUACCACUUCAUCGCAUACACGCCAUUCAACGGCGUUCUCUACGAACUAGACGGACUACAGCCGUUCCCCAUCAGUCAUGGACCAUGCGACUCUUCAGAUUUUCCCGAGAAAGUGAUCGGGGUCCUUCAGCGGCGGAUUGCGCGCUAUCCGGAGGGUGAGAUACGGUUUAAUUUGAUGGCGGUGGUUAAGGAUUUACGCAUCCGCGCUGCGGAGAUUGGGGAUGUGGAGGCGCUGGAGGGGGAAGAGAGGAAGCGACGUGCUUGGGCGUGGGAGAAUGCGUUGAGGAGAUGGAAUUUUGUGGGAUUUAUUGGCGAGGUAUUGAAAGGUGUGGUUGGAAAGAAGGUAGAGCAAGGCGAUGGCGAGUAUGAGAAGUGGGUCGGUGACGCGACGGAGGCGACUGUUAGAAAAUUGAACAUGAGAAGAGGAAGAGGUAAUGUGAAUGGAGAGUAGUG